UUAAACUCUUCGUGAAAUUUUCUUAAAACCCCCCAGGACAAGCCAACAAACAAUAAACUCAACAGAAAAAAGCAAACGAAAAGAAAACGGUCAUAAGUCGAAGUCGGAAAAAUCAAAGUGCAAAACUGAACGCCAAAAAAAGUUGAGAGUGCGAGCGAGACAGCGCAUGCUGGGCGCCGCAGGAGCUGAAGAAGAAGCAGUGAGAGUGAAGUUAACUGGAAGUGGUGUGGAAAGAGGAGAGCGACAAGAGAGAGCCAGGCGGAAGGGAAACAACAAAGAACAACCAGGCGGCGACGACACAAACGCAAAAUAGUCGCCCUUUCAAUCUACCUCCAAGCAUAAGCAAAACUUUAUUCUAAAAAUCACAAUAACUAAAAUAAGCACCGAAAUAAAUACAUAUACAUAUAUAUAAAGUGGAAAUCGUAAACGCAAAACGGAAGAGCGCCAUCUAGUGUCGGCGAGUCCAAGCAGCAGCUGACAGACAGAAAGAGACCGCAAAGAGGGGAGCAAACAACAAAUACAAGCUUUCUUCGCCUGGAAGUCGAAGAGAAAGAGCGUCAGAGAGGGGGGAGUCGGCUCCCGAAAACCCCACGAACCACAAAAAUAAACUCCACUUGGACCACAAUAAUAAUCACAAUAGCCAAGUAAGAGCCAAAAAACAAAAACAAUAAAGGAAGCCCAGACCAGUUGCCUUUGAAGCCCGCCACAAGAUGGCGUGCCUUAACACCCUGAAGCAGGAAAUCAAAACGUUGGAGAAGAUCUUCCCGAAGAAUCACGAGCGCUUUCAGAUCCUCAAUUCCAGCGUCGACGAACUGCUCUGCCGGUUCAUCGACAAGAAUGGAAAGCGCUACGAUAUCCAUGCCAACAUAACGGAAACCUAUCCCUCAUCGCCACCAGUUUGGUUCGCAGAGAGCGAGGAGACGAGCGUCACAAAUGCUGUUCAAAUACUUAGCAAUACAAAUGGACGUGAUAAUCACGUGAUUAAUCAGGUGGGCAUACUGCUUCGCGAGCUGUGCCGACUACACAACGUUCCACUGCCACCCGACAUCGAUAAUUUGGCCCUGCCGCUGCAAACGCCGCCACCAUCCGCUUCUCCACUCCGCUGCGAGCAGAGACCAGGAGGCGGCGGAGCGGGGGGCGGGGGCGGACCACAUGGCAACGAAGAGACCGAUUCGGAUCAGGAGGAGAUCGAGGAUCCCAUCGGCGAGAGCGAACAGGAGAGCGAGGGCGACGAGGACUUGCCGCUGGAAAUGGAUGAUGUACGAAGUACAAACAAGAAGGACGACAUGGAAGUGGAACACCUAGCAACUCUAGAAAGACUGCGUCAAAGUCAAAGACAAGACUAUCUAAAAGGUUCCGUUUCGGGCUCCGUACAGGCAACCGAUCGCUUGAUGAAGGAACUACGUGAUAUUUAUCGAUCGGACGCCUUCAAAAAGAACAUGUAUUCUAUUGAGCUCGUCAACGAGUCGAUUUACGAGUGGAACAUACGCCUCAAGUCUGUCGAUCCCGACAGUCCGCUGCACAGUGAUCUGUUGAUGCUCAAGGAGAAGGAGGGCAAGGACAGCAUACUGCUGAAUAUACUCUUCAAGGAGACGUAUCCCUUCGAGCCGCCAUUUGUGCGCGUCGUCCAUCCGAUUAUCUCAGGCGGAUAUGUGCUCAUCGGCGGUGCCAUCUGCAUGGAACUACUGACCAAACAAGGCUGGAGCUCGGCCUACACCGUGGAGGCGGUAAUAAUGCAAAUUGCAGCCACCCUCGUCAAGGGGAAGGCGCGCAUCCAGUUUGGGGCCACCAAAGCACUGACCCAGGGUCAAUAUAGUUUGGCUCGAGCCCAGCAGAGCUUCAAAUCUCUGGUACAGAUUCACGAAAAGAAUGGCUGGUUCACACCGCCCAAGGAAGAUGGCUAAGACAGAAGAGUCCCCAGACGCACAUCCUUUAUAGAAUAACGCAUGCCACAACCAACACACAUUCAUACCCGUCAACAUUACCCUAUCCACAUCCGCCAAGCACACAUCCACACCCACAGCCCCCACUCACUGCCGGUUUGAUCUGAUGACAUGUCUGAUGUGUCAACUCGUCAGGACCAAUUAGGACGAAGCCCCCGAAUUCAAGGAGAGGCCCACAAUGUUUUGCUUGCUUGCUGCGAAGUCGAUGAAAGAUGCAUUCGAGCCUCGAGCCCAUCAGCCAUUCGCGUAUGUUUAGUUGCACGCUUGUAAACCUUAUAUCGACUAGUUGAACACGCGUUUUGUAUUAACGGUUACUGUUCUGUUGCAAGUAAAUUCAUAUGUAUAUGUCCACUCGUCUUCUCUGUAGUGUGUAGAGUAGUCUUCUAACCAAAUCCCGCGGCCCAAAUCGUCUAUCUUGUACAGAGUCUUGGAAACCGGAGCUGAUUGUGAGGGCGCAGUAGCAGAAGUAGCAAAGAAAUCAGCAGCCGGAGGGUGUAAAAUGUAAAGGCAAUAUCUGUUAUGUAUAUGAGUAUAAUUUGUAAUUUAAAAGUUGUAAAUGUAGUGGCUUCGACAACACCUUCCAAACAAACACCAUCCAACACCCGCAGCCCCCAAACACUCCACACACACACCACACACACACGCCCCUAAAGUUGUAAACUAGUUAAGACGCCUAACUGUAUUCUUAUUUUAAUUUAACAAAUCCGUGGUAUCUUAUAUUUUUUUCUCUUUAACUGGUAAGCAAAAAAAAAUGAAGCGGCAAGUUGGCAAAAGAGUUGUCGCGACGUCAAGCGGAAUAGAUAUAUAUAUAUAUAUAUACCUAUACAUACAUAUAAAUAUAAAUAUACAUAAAUAUAAAGAUAUAUAUUAAUAUUAGCGCGAAAGUUUAGCUUAAGCAGUAUAAUACAAAACGAUGCGUCGAAGAUGAGCAAAUUCUAAGUGUAAAUUCGUCUUUCCAAAUAAUCGUAAAAUAACGUAAAUCUAAACCUAAAAAAAAAAAAUUAAAAAAUAAACAGCUAAAUCGAGUAGUUGGAGAACGAAAAUCGAAAAUAUUUGCAAUUGUAAUAUGCAUUGAAGCAAAA